GAGUAACAAGAACUUUUCAAUUCGCUUCGUAGAGCAAUAAUAGAAGUUUCCUCAAGACGAUAAUAAUAAGACAAACAAUCCAAGUUGAUAAAUAAGCAUGCCAAAAUUGCAUAUUGACUGUUUCAUCAGAAUAUGAAGUAUUCUAAACAGUGUGAUUAUCACCACAAGUAAAGCCGGUCUGAGGCUAUAUUUGAAAAAUAAACAAACCAACUACUGGGCAAUCCGCCCCAGCUUGGUUAGCUGGUAUUCACUGUCUUCUUCUGCUUUGGAAUUUAAACCCAUAAUUCGUUUAUUCUCAAUUGAAUAACUUAUAAACUACCUUCACUCCAGCAGGAAAAUAGUGCAAAGGUAUGUAUAACUAACUCAAGCACACCAAUAUAGAGAGAAGAGAAGGGCACUACACUAUACCAAAGUUACUAACCUCGUUUUCGCCAUGAAAAAGAUGUGUCCUUUCUCCCUUCUUAUUCUUCUGGCUCUAUCAAUAUAUGGCCCCAACUUAAUCAAUGCUGAUGCACUGGGUCCAACGCAACCACCUAUUUUCAUACUAGGGGAUUCAACAGCAGAUGUUGGAACUAACUCUUACAUCCCUGACUGCAAUGCAACAGCUAACUUUCCUCAUAAUGGCAUCGAUUUUGUUAAAUCAAGGCCAACUGGAAGGUUCAGUAAUGGCCUCAACAGUGCUGAUCAUCUUGCAAGGCUUUUUGGAUACAAUAGUAGCCCACCACCCUUUCUAUUUCUUCACAGCCUGAAAUACGGUCUUCAAUCGGGUAUAUAUCGAGGUGUAAAUUUCGCAUCAGGAGGUUCUGGUCUCCUUGAUGAAACUGGUUUACAGCUGAAUGUCCUGAACUUGCCUCAGCAGAUCAACCAAUUUGUCACUGUACGCAGAAAUUUGACUGCUGCACUUGGUCCUGAAUUAACAGAAGCAUUUCUCGCAAGAUCUUUGUUCUGCAUCAGUACCGGAAGCAAUGACAUCUUUGUUUAUUUCAAGACCAGAAGUACAAUGCCUAAAGAAGAGUUUAUCAACCUACUCAUGGAAGCGUAUGAGAACCACAUAAAGACUUUGUACAGCCUCGGAGCACGGAAGUUUGGCAUCAUAAGUGUGCCACCAAUAGGUUGUUGUCCAGCCAACAGACUUUUGAAUGGGACAAGGUGUUUCGAGCCCAUGAAUGAUUUUGCCAGAUGUUUCCAUUCAGCUCUUGACAAGCUAAUGUGCAAGCUAAGCUCAGAGCUACACGGGAUGAAGUAUGCUCUUGGGGACACAUACAAAAUGACCAUAGACGUCAUAGAUAAUCCACGUCCCUUCCACUUCAAAAAUGUGGACACAGCCUGCUGUGGACAUGGAACACUAAACGCCGAAGGAAUUUGUAAUGCAACAGCUAGUCUCUGUUCAGAUCGCAGACAGUACAUAUUCUGGGAUUUGUUCCACCCUACUCACGCUGCUGCACGGUUGGCAGCUAACACACUUUAUGGUGGUCCAACACUCUAUGUUUCUCCAAUUAACUUUGCUCAGCUGGCUGCAGAAAAUUAGUGUCAUUAAACCUACUGAAUGAAUGUCACAGAUUGUUACUUUCUCCUCUCAGACUCUCUUUUAUACUUCCAAUAAGUUCUAUCAGUGGUUCCUCUGCCUUGGAGGAUUUGGCAUCUUUCACGUUAUGUGUGAUGUUAUAUGUAGUCAUUCCAUGCAUCUAAAUAUUAUUUGAGACUUCAGAGGA